AUGUCUUUGGUAGCGUAUGCUAGCAGUGAUGACAGUGAUUCAGACGAAACGUCUAGUUCCAUCGUCCCGGGUAGCAAACCUGGGGGGCUUUUCGCACGCCUCCCUACCUCAAAAAGAUCUGCAGAGGCACUAGGAAACGUGCGACCAAGCAAAGGGACAACACACUUCUCAUCACGGAACACUGUGUCAAACGAUGGCGACGAGGACUCCGUUACCCGUUCUCAACCAUCCAAGGGAGGGUUGCUUUUCGAUUUACCUAAGCCGAAGAAGCGAACAGAGCCUGUCAAAAUCACUAUACCUGAGAUGAAGAGAGGGGAUGUAAGUAACAGGGCCACAGGCUCAUAACUAGGCUACAUUUUAAACAUUUAAUUUAGCUACAGACCAAAUAACAAGUGCUUGUUUUGAAAUGGAUUAGAAGUGGUGAUUUCAACAUUAUCCUAUGUCUUGUCAACAGUCUGACUCCGAUGAAGAUGAACCAAGGAGAAAGAAAUCCCUGCCCCAGGUAAAACAUGACUUGCACUUGCAUUUUUGAUAAUUCUCAGUGACAAAUUCUCAGUAUAUGUGGACGUAGGCCUUGCCAACCAUACCUAUCAUGAUCUAACCCCUGAUCUAAGUCACCACUAGCUGGCCUCUGCCCAGUACCCUACCCUGAACCUUAGUCACUGUUCUAGCCAGCACUCUACCCUGCACCCUAGAGACUGCUGCCCUAUGUACAUAGUCAUGAACACUAAUCAUUUUAAUAAUGUUUCACCCACUUUAUAUGUAUAUACAGUAUUCUAGUCAUGGCUCAUCCUAUAUAACUUAUUUUAAAUUUUUCAGGAUUAUGUGUGUAUGGUUAUUUAUUUUUGCUAUGUAUUACUGCACUGUAAACAUUUCGCUGUACCUGUGAUAACAUCUGUAAAUCUGUGUACGCGACCAAUAAACUUUGAUUUGAGGACAUGUUUUGUCUUUCCAUCUCUAUCUCUCUCUUAGGGCCCUGGCACUGGCCUUUCCUCCCUCCUGCCUCAGCCAAAAAACAUGGUUGUGAAGGAGAUGCAGAGGGCUCUAGUGCCUCACACCCUCACCAAACGGCCGGAGCCAAAGAAACCCACAAAGCCCUCCUUAGGGGCCUCCCAGGGCCACCCCAGCUCCAGUGCAUCCCCCUCCGCCAUCAAAGCAGCAGCCAAGUCAGCUGCUCUGCAGCUAGCGAGGCAAAUAGCUGCUGAGGAAAGUGACGAGGAACUGGCCCCCGAGAACUACUUCUCCCUGGAAGAGAGUGCCAAGCCUCUCCCCGCUGUGGUCCCCAGCUUGAACCCGGAGCCUGUCCCCACCUCAGGCCUGCUACCCGCUCCUCCAGGCAUGCAGCGUGGUACCUUCCAGUCAGAUGCCCCUCUGGACUUUGGCGCGAACCAAGAGGGAGCUUGGGGAGGUCAACAGCUAGGGGCGUACCAGCAGCCCUCAGCAGCGCCUCAGGUACUGAGAAAAAGUUGGGUCCAUGGAUAAACUACAUGACCAAAAGAAUGUGGACACCUGCUUGUCGAACAUCUCAUUCCAAAAUGGAAAUUAAUAUGUAGUUGGCCCCCCCUUUGCUGCUAUAACAGCCUCCACUCUUCUGGGAAGGCUUUCCACUAGAUUGUCAUUGUAUGCUGUAGCGUUAAGACUUCCCUUGACUGGAACUAAGGGGCCUAGCCCAAACCAUGAAAAACAGCCCCAGACCAUUAUUCCUCUGCCACCAAACUUUACAGUUUGCACCUUCCAUUUGGCAGGUAGCAUUCUCCUGGCAUCCGCCAAACCCAGAUUUGACCGUCGGACUGCCAGAUGAUGAAGCGUGAUUCAUUACUCCAGAGAACGUGUUUCCACUGUUCCAGAGUCCAAUGGCUGCGAGCUUUACACCACUCCAGCCGACGCUUGGCAUUGCGCGUGGUGAUUUUAGGAUUGUGUGCAGCUGCUCGGCCAUGCAUGAAGCUCCCGACAAACCGUUAUUGUGCUGGCGUUGCUUCCAGAGGCAGUUUGGAACUCUGUAGUGAGUGUUGCAACCGAGGAAAAACAUUUUUUACGCGCUUCAGCACUCGCCGGUCCCGUUCUGUGAGCUUUGGUGGCCUACCACUUUGUGGCUGAGCCGUUGUAACAGCAAAUUACAGUUGACUGGGAAGCUCUGACCGGGCAGCUCUAGCAGGGCAGAAAUUUGACAAACUGACUUGUUGGAAAGGUGGCAUCCUAUGACGGUGCCACGUUGAAAGUCCCUGAGCUCUACUGUAAGGCCAUUCUACUGCCAAUGUUUGUCUAUGGAGAUUACAUGGCUGUGUGCUCGAUUUUAUAUACCUAUCAGCCACUGGUGUGGCUGAAAUGGCUGAAUCCACUAAUUUGAAGGGGUGUCCACAUACAUUUGUGUAUAUAUAGUGUAUAGAUCUCUUUCCCUCUAGCUGGAUGGAUGGACAGAUAAGCUUUAUUGCUUUGCACUGCAUUGUAUAAAACAAUAUUGCCAAUACACCAAAAUAAACUACAAUAAUACUCAACUUCCACAAUAUACCAAAUACAAUAGACCUGCUGUGCAUUACCUACUCAAAUGUCCAACUACAACAUAUUUUAGAUGAGAGCAAAUUAUGUAUAUCAGUCUAUUACCAAGCUGAUAUACAGGUUAAAACAUCAGAUGUACUGUGCCCAGAAUGGAUCCUUAUUGACCCCUGUGAGUUGCUGACACAGCCGUUUACAGCAAUUUGCUGUAAAAUCUAUUUUGUUUUCAUCCAUUGAGAUGCAUCAGGGUAGCGUAAUGCUUUUAUGUCAUGUUGCAUUGAUACAGGCUAACAAAAAACAUUCUCCUGUUGGAUAGGGUUACUACAACGAGGCUUACUACCAGGAUCCAGAGUCUGACCCAGCACUGCCUGAGCCAGAGCAACCUAGCUCCUCCGCCCUGUUUGAUGAUGAAGCGGUAAGAAUGUUUCUUGGCUUGACACUGGUCUGUUGGCUUGUUAUUGAUCAGGAAUGUGAUUUUCCCUGAUUAAUCAGGAAGUCCUGCUUUUCUGACAUUAUCCUGUAUAUCACUGAAUUUGACCUACCCCGAAACCAAUAUCCUGCUCUUCUUGAUUUAUUUUAUAUUGUCCUGAUCACAUCCAUAAUUGUCAGCGUAGUUCAUACACUGAAUAAAGAGGUUGCUGCUACAAGAUAUAGAAGAGUAAGAUAUUUUCUGGCUGCAGUUCAUGAGGCUGCAGGGGAAGAGGAACAGGGGCAAGGAGGAGGUGAAGUUCCUGGAGAUCAAGGGAGAUGACCAGCUGAGCGGCAACCAGCAGUGGAUGACCAAGAGCAUGACAGAGGAGAAGCAGCAGCGCAAAUCCUUCAGCAAGGUGAGGGAGAUUUGCACUGGAGCCGUCCCCAUAUUGCUUACACUUGUCCAUCAUUUUCAGAUCUGUUAACAUCAAAGGGUUAGGGGCUUGGAGCUGAAUUGGAACCUGGAUCAUAGUAGUGAUGAUGGGGUAGGGGAAUGUAAGGCAAUAGUGGAAUGAGAGGUGAGGAAUUGGUAGGGCAGGACUUUUUCAAUGUGGCCUGAGUGAGGAUUUUGUUAUCUGAUCUCAACCUUGCUUGGGCUGACCCCCUGACCUCUUCCCUGUGUCUGUAGAAAAAGGGAGACCAACCCACAGGGCAACAGCGACGCAAGCACCAGAUCACAUACCUCAUCCACC